GAGGCAGGCCGGUGAUUUUCCACUGCCGCUCAUCUAUCUGGUCCCCCAGUUCCAGAGACAAAGGUCAGAAAGAGAAGCUUAUAAAUAGGCGAAAGUCUGAGCUUCCGACGCGUCCACGCAUCAGUCGCUGUCACGGACACGGGAGGACACGGACACGGCAGAGCAGACUGAGGACAUUAAAAGGAGAAAUUAACAGAAAACAUCCCAUCCUAGGAGCAGAAUGGCACAAAAAGAGAAGCUUCAGUGUCUGAAAGACUUCCAUAAGGACACCCUGAAGCCGUCCCCCGGUAAGAGCCCCGGCACUCGGCCCGAAGACGAGGCCGAGGGCAAGCACCCCCAGAGGGAGAAGUGGGCCAGCAAGUUGGACUUUGUUCUGUCCGUGGCCGGCGGCUUCGUAGGUUUAGGGAACGUUUGGCGUUUCCCUUACCUCUGCUAUAAGAAUGGUGGAGGUGCGUUUCUCAUCCCCUACUUCAUCUUCCUGUUUGGUGGAGGUCUGCCAGUCUUCUUUCUGGAGGUCGCCCUUGGUCAGUUCACCUCUGAGGGUGGCAUCACCUGCUGGGAGAAGCUCUGUCCCAUCUUCACCGGUAUUGGCUACGCCUCCAUCGUGAUCGUUUCCCUCCUGAAUAUCUACUACAUCGUCAUCCUCGCCUGGGGUCUCUACUACUUGUUCCAGUGUUUCCAGCCAGAGUUGCCCUGGGCCAAGUGCAAUCAGCCCUGGAACACCGAUCAAUGCAUUGAGGACACUCUCCGCAAGAACAAAACCAUCUAUAACGCCACCAACGCCUCCAACGUUACCUCCCCCGUCACAGAGUUCUGGGAACAUAAUGUGUUGGGGAUCAGCAGUGGCAUCGAGGACAUCGGCCCGGUUAAAUGGGACUUGGCCCUGUGUUUACUCCUCGUCUGGGUCAUCUGCUUCUUCUGCAUCUGGAAGGGCGUGAAAUCAACUGGAAAGGUGGUUUACAUCACGGCCACGUUCCCAUUCGUCAUGCUAAUCGUCCUGUUGAUCCGUGGCGUAACUCUGCCAGGUGCUUCUCAGGGCAUCAAGUUCUACCUGUACCCUGACCUUGAACGCCUCAAAGACCCAGAGGUGUGGAUCGACGCCGGCACUCAAAUAUUCUUCUCUUACGCCAUCUGUUUGGGCGCCAUGACGUCUUUGGGGAGCUACAACAAGUACAAAUACAACUGCUACAGGGACUGUUUGCUGCUGGGAGCCCUCAACAGUGGUACCAGUUUUGUGUCUGGCUUCGCAAUAUUUUCCGUCCUGGGCUUCAUGGCACAAGAGCAAGGGGUGGACAUUGCUGAGGUGGCAGAGUCAGGUCCAGGCCUGGCUUUCAUUGCCUACCCCAAGGCUGUUACCAUGAUGCCUUUCCCGACACUCUGGGCCAUCCUCUUCUUCAUCAUGCUGCUGCUGCUUGGCCUCGACAGUCAGUUUGUGGAGGUGGAAGGGCAGAUCACAUCACUGGUGGAUCUGUAUCCGUCCUUCCUAAGGAAGGGUUACUGCAGAGAGGUCUUCAUCGCUAUCAUCUGCUGCAUCAGCUACCUGUUUGGACUUACCAUGGUGACCAAGGGUGGCAUGUACGUUUUCCAGCUGUUUGACUACUAUGCAGCCAGCGGUGUGUGCCUUCUGUGGGUGGCAUUCUUUGAAUGUAUAGCUGUUGCCUGGGUUUAUGGCGCUGAUAAUUUUUAUGAUGCAAUCGAGGACAUGAUUGGCUACAGACCAAAUCCUUGGAUGAAAUGGAGCUGGACUGUGAUCACUCCUUUACUGUGCAUGAGCUGCUUUAUCUUCUCUCUGGUCAAAUACAAGCCAUUGACAUACAACAAGGUGUACCAGUAUCCUGACUGGGCCAUUGGGAUAGGCUGGACUCUUGCCUUGACCUCCAUGAUCUGCAUCCCCAUGGUGGUGGUCAUCAAGAUCAUUCAGUCUGACGGGCCGCUGAUUGAGAGGAUUAAGGCCGUGGCGGCCCCAGCUCGCGGAGGUGCUAGCUCCCGCCCUGCGGACCACCGCGUCCCGAGCGAGCUCACCUGCCCCCUGGACCCCAACGGAAACAACGGGGUUACGGCGAAGGCUCCCACCCACACCAUCGUAGAAACCAUGAUGUAAAGGGGUGAGGAGGAGGCUCUCCAUGAGAACGCCCUCUUCCCCUCUCCUGUCCUCUGAAACGCUUCUAAAGCUAGCUAGCUAUCUGUCUGUCUGUGUCUCUCUGGACUGAUUAAGGGUUCAAGGAAAUAAAAACUCACAUUUCAAAUCUUUUUAGAAACGCUUGAAGGGAGCGGUUAUUAGAAAAACAGAAAUCUCUCUGGGAUUCUCCUCCGAUAGCUUUCAUGCGGAGUGGUUGGAGGAAUUAGCAGCUGACAUAACUUUCACCUUAGUGGUCAGUCCAUUAAAUUCUAACACCUCCAGAUUAUUAGAUGUAAAGCAUCCAGAAGACAAGUCAUCACCGGUUUGCUGC